AUGACAGCUUCCAGUCCUCGUGGUCUCGAGAUCGAGCCACUUACUGGUAGCAACUUCCAAACAUGGAAGGACUCGUUGCUAUUGCACCUCGCCUGGCAUGAGGUUGACCUCGCGCUAAGGGAAAGUAAACAAGUGGAAUCUGAAAAAGGUGCCACUGGGUAUGCUGAGCUUAAGAAAGCCUAUAAUGCUAAAGUUGAGAAGUGGGAGAGGUCAAACAAAAUGGCGCUCCUAAUUAUGAACUUCUCCACCCCAUCUGAGAUUAAGGGGGCUAUUCCCGCUAAAGAAAAUGCCACAGAAUAUUUGAAAUCGGUGGAAGCACAAUUAAAGGGCUCAGAGAAAGUGUAUGCAGAUGAGCUUUUGCGCAAGAUGUUUGCAAAAUAUGAUGGAAAUGGAAGUGUGAGGGAACACAUUUUAAGUACGAGCAAUGCCGCGACAAAGCUUAAAACCAUGAAGUGUGACUUGAAUGAAGAGCUUCUUGUGCUCCUAGUUUUUAGGUCACUACCCUCACAGUUCAACCCAUUCAAGAUAAGCUAUAGUUCUCUUGAAAUCAAGCGGAAACUACCAGAACUCAUUGCACAUUGCGUUUAG